GUUCGGUCAGCCCACCUGCUUAUUCGGCGGGCGGGCGGGCGCAGAUUGCACUGGAGUAUGUAGUGCUCUCUGGUUUUCGCAAAAAAAAGAAAAGCUUGCUAAUAGCCUGGUCAUGGCCGGGUUUUGUGUUGCUACUUUUAGCUACUGAUUGCUCGCUAGCAAAGUUGGUGGCCUUUGUGUAAGAUGGCACUACCUCUGCAUCCUUCUCCUUCCUUUCCUACGCUGUAUCUCUUUCUUUCUUUCUUUCUGUGUGAUUGUGUGUGGAAUUCGGCCGCUCCUCCGCUAUAUAUAUAGCGACGCCCGGCCCGCACACAGACAGCUCCAGAGUCCAGACGCCUGAUCGGAAAGCAACGUCGUUGCCCCCACCUCGUCACGAGUCAGAGAGCUACACAACAACCAUCCUGUUCCCGCCCGCAUACAGGACUCUAGCUAGCUAGCUAGCGUUGUUCCGUUGUGGUUGCUCUCGCUCUCGUUCGGUCGAUCAUGGAGUGGAGGGACAGCUUCUUGGACCUGGCGCUCAUCCCGCUCAGCCUGCUCCUCCCCAUGGCGUACCACGCCUGGCUGUGGCGCGAGGUCCGCCUCCGCCCGCUGCGCACGGCCGUCGGCAUCAACGCCGCCACGCGCCGCCUCUGGGCCAUCGGCAUGAUGAAGGACAACGCCAAGAACGCGGUGACGGUGGUGCAGUCGGUGCGGAACGUCAUCAUGGGGUCGACGCUGAUGGCCACGACGGCGAUCCUCUUCUGCACGGGCGUGGCGGCGGUGCUGAGCAGCACCUACACCAUCAAGAAGCCGCUCAGCGACACCGUGUUCGGCGCGCACGGCGAGUACAUGAUGGCGCUCAAGUACGUGGCGCUCAUGCUGCUCUUCCUCCUCGCCUUCCUCUGCCACUCCCUCGCCAUCUGCUUCCUCAACCAGGCCAGCUUCCUCAUCAACACCUCGGCCUGCCUCUUCUCCUCCUCCGCCGACUCCGACGCCGCCGUCCUCGGCCUCCCGCUGCCGCCCACCAGGGACUACAUCGGCGACGUCCUGGAGCGCGGCUUCACCCUCAACCUCGUCGGCAACAGGCUCUUCUACGCCGGGGUGCCCCUCCUGCUCUGGAUCUUCGGCCCGCUCCUCGCCUUCCUGUCCUCCAUGGUCAUGGUCCCCAUACUCUACAGCCUCGACGUCGUCAACCUCAUGGGCCACAGCGGAUGCGUCGUCGUCAGCGGCAAAUCUGCGGAGAUGAACGGCGGGAGCGAGUGCGCGCGUGCCGUCUGAAGCUGCCGGACUUGUGUCCUCAACAAACCAUAUGCAUGCGAUCCGUACAUGUGAUUCGGUUGAGACUGUUGCCGCGCGCAACGGCCUGUGAUGUGUCGAGCACCAAGGAGACGGCAUGUUGUUCGUCGUCGUCGUUCUCUCAUUCAUGUGGGGUUAUAGGCUAGCCGCGCGCCGUCGUAGCUGAUGCUGAUGUACUAGGAAAACCUUCGUUGCAUGGAUGACACGGAACCCAUACCCCACGCGGUUCAGUUGCUUUGCUGCUCUUGGUGCUCGACAAGUUGACAGUGUGUGCCACUACAACACAUAUUCCAAGUCGGCUUUAUCUCUUCCUGUCC